UGGUGACCGUUUGUCUGUUAACUUCCUCCAGUGUCCUCUUGAUCGCAGAGCAAGAACAGAAGCUGCUUUCCUUGCUCAUCAUGUUGAACUACCCUGCAACUCCUUCAUUCAAUUGUCAAAAUACCCGAUUCGCGUCACCUCCUCUCUCUUCCGGUUACACUCUCCACCCUUCAUCUUUUUCUGUAUCAUCACAUUCUUCUCUUACUUCUCAAUAUCAGCAAAACCUUCCUUCAAUUAAUGGUUAUAAGCAUGCCCAUUUCAAUAUCUCCCCAAGAACCAAGGGACUGAAGGUGAGGUGCUCACAAAAUGAUCCAUUGAAGGUUAUGAUAUCAGGGGCACCAGCAUCAGGCAAAGGGACUCAGUGUGAGAUGAUUGUUCAAAAGUUUGGAUUAGUGCAUAUAUCAACUGGAGAUCUACUUAGAAGUGAAGUAGCAGCAGGUUCAGAGAUUGGAAACCAAGCAAAAGAGUACAUGAAUUCAGGACGGCUUGUUCCAGAUGAAGUUGUCACAGCUAUGGUAAUUGGGCGCCUUUCACGAGAAGAUGCAAAAGAGAAAGGAUGGCUUUUAGAUGGUUUUCCACGCAGUUUUGCACAAGCACAAUCACUGGAGAAGAUGAAGAUCAGACCAGAUGUGUUUGUUGCUCUAGAUGUUCCUGAUGAAAUUCUAAUCGACAGAUGUGUGGGUAGAAGGCUGGACCCUGAAACAGGGAAGAUUUACCAUAUAAAGAACUUUCCUCCACAAACUGAGGAAAUCAAAGCAAGACUCAUCACUCGACCUGAUGACACAGAAGAAAAGGUCAAAGCACGUUUGCAAAUUUAUAAGCAGAAUGUGGAAGCAAUAUUAUCCACAUAUUCAGACCUUUUGAAGAAGAUCGAUGGCAACCGUUCCAAAGAUGUAAUUUUUGGUGAAAUAUGCUCUUUGCUUUUGCAAGUUCAGAAAGAAAAGGAGACAAGAAAGUCAGGAAAUGCUAGUAAACUUGACAGCCAGUUCAACAAGUCACCUUCAGUCAAGGAAAACUGGAGAGGGAUUCCCACCAACUUAAACAACAUCCCUCAUUCCAGAGAAAUUAGGGAAUACUUUUAUGAUGAUGUGCUUCAAGCUACCCAAAGAGCUAUAAAUGAUGGAAAAACUCGAGUAAAGGUGGAGAUCAAUAUUCCAGAGCUGAACCCCGAGACAGAUGUAUAUCGGAUAGGUACUUUGAUGGAACUUGUUCGAGUUCUUGCUCUAUCAUUUGCUGAUGAUGGAAAGCGUGUCAAGGUCUGUGUGCAAGGAUCCAUGGGCGAAGGAGCACUUGCAGGAAUGCCUUUACAGCUUGCAGGAACACGACAGAUUCUGGAAUACAUGGACUGGGGGAAUGAUGGUGCAAUGGGGACCUUCAUAAACCUUGGGGCUAUAGGUGGCAAAGAGGUUGAUGAAGUCGAUGACAUCUUCAUUUUAGUGGCUCCUCAAAAUGCUAUGGGAAAUUGCAUCAUUGAUGAUCUAAGAGCAAUGACUGAUGCUGCUGGCAGUCGUCCAGUCAUUCUUAUCAAUCCAAGGCUUAAGGAUUUGCCAGCUUCAAGUGGUAUUAUGCAAACGAUGGGCCGAGAAAAAAGACUGGAGUAUGCUGCAUCUUUCGAAAUGUGCUACCAGUUCCGGCUUCUCUAUUAUGCAGGAACACAAUAUCCAAUUAUGGGUGCAUUAAGGAUGGCUUAUCCAUAUCGAUAUGAGCUGUUCAAGAGAGUAAAUGAGCCAACUGGGAAAGAGAAAUAUGUCAUUUUGUCGACGUUUCCUAGUAGGCCAACUGGUGAUGAAGUCAACGAUGCAUUUGAAGGAAAAACAAGAGAUCAAGCUAAGAAAGCUUCAGGAUUCUGGGGUUUCUUGAACGGUAUACUAUCCGCAUAGAAACAUGUUUUUUGAAAGAAAACGGUUGGCUCGCUAUCAUGAACAGACCUGUUUGAAUAUGAGAUAUAACUUGCUCAGUAAAUCUCUUGCUUCAGACAUAAGAUUGGAGGACAUAUGGAUACAUCUCCUGUAAAAUGUACAUUUUGCUAUUUAUAGGAGUGGAAAGGGAUGAUUGAUUAUAUAUUCCUCCAAUUACUGUGAAAAAUGCUUACUAAAGAAGGUAUAUGAGCUUUCAAUCUUCUUUGUAAUUGUAUGUAUCAUUAUAUUCAUCU